AUGGAAAGGAACCCCGAGGAUAGCACAGGCCCUGUGCACGUUCCUUUUGGGCACAUUGUUGCCAAUGAGAAAUGGCGUGGGUCGCAGCUGGCACAGGGCAUGCAAGGGAAAAUUAAGCUUGUUUUUGAGGAUGGCCUGGCACCGGUAGAUUUCUACUUAUCUAUCAGAUCCUGCAUUCUUUAUAUCAAGGAAGCCGAUUUGGUGGCUGGAAAUAGCUACCGAAAGAGGCUUGUCCGAGUUAGAAAUUCUAGUCAUCUUCAAGGGAUAGUAAUAGUUGAAAAAACGCAGAUGAGUGAACAGUACUUCCCAGCCAUACAGAAGUUUACUGUGCUGGACCUUGGGAUGGUGUUGCUUCCAGUGGCCAACCAGAUGGAAGGGUCCUGCCUCAUUAUCCAAUUAGUUCUAGAGCAAACCAAAGAGCCCAGUAAGAACCCUUUUCUCAGGAAGAAACGGGCUCUAAUCUCUGAGCCAUCUCUACUUCGAACUGUACAACAGAUCCCAGGAGUUGGAAGAGUUAAAGCUUCCCUUUUGCUUCAGAAGUUCUCAAGUAUCCAGCAACUAAGUAAUGCUUCCAUCAAAGAACUGGAGCAGGUCGUUGGACAAGCAGUAGCACAGCAAAUUCAUGCGUUCUUCACACAGUCCAGGUGA